UCAGUUCUAUGGGUGUCGCUGCUCUUCCUGGCCGGAGGGUGCCAUCGUAACGGCAGAAUUGUUGGGAAGAGGUGCCGGAGCGCAGGUGUUGUGAGGCGAGCGCCAAAGCGGGGAUCUCGCGGUGGCCAGAAGACGGUGCUUGCCUCGCGCCGGCGGGUGUCGGUGCCUCCUGCUUCCCGCUCCGGACCUCUCCUCGCCGCUGCUUGCCAGUCAAGCGGGCGGAGCUGUUAGAAAUUUUCUGGUUGGGUGGGACCUUUCGAGGUACUAAUCCCGCAGUCCUCCCUAUACUUGCUUAAGGAUAAUUUUGGAACAGAAUAUGGCUGUUAUGGUACCCAUGAGGAUUUAUAGCAUAGAUUUUCUCUGCUGUAUUAUCCUUGCUGCCUCCGUCAUUUCUUUAGCAGAGGAUCACAUGGACGGAAGUCACCAGCCCAAUAUGCGCCUUGAUAAGAACAUGGUACAAGACAAGGACCACAUUAUGGAACAUUUAGAUGGUGUCAUUGACAAACCAGAGUCUGAGAUGUCACCUCAAGAACUGCAGCUUCAUUAUUUCAAAAUGCAUGAUUAUGAUGGUAACAACUUGCUUGAUGGUCUUGAGCUUGCCACUGCAAUAUCACAUGUACACAAAGAGGAUGGUGGUGGACACAUUCAGACAAUGAAAGAAGAGGAGCUAAUUAACUUGAUAGAUGGCGUUUUACAAGAUGAUGAUAAGAAUAAUGAUGGGUAUAUCGACUAUGCUGAAUUUGCUAAGUCACUGGAAUAAGGACAAUCUUCAGUUUUUAUGUGGCCCAGUUCAAUGUGAUUCUUUAUUAUAUGUUAGUAUGUAUGUUCUGCCUUUGAGCUACGAAGUUAAUAGUAAGCUGGUACAUGUGGCCAUUGGAAUGGCUAUACUUGUAUUUGUUACAUGUUGGAAAGUAAAAAUAAGUUUGUAAUAGAAACUGGUCUGCUGUUAUAUCCUUAACAAACCAUGUUGAACAAUAUAAUGCAUUGCCCCCGUCAGCAGAUUAUUUGCCAGUCAGCUUCAAAGAAUUGUUUCAAAAUGCUCCAAAGAAUUUUUGUAGAAGCCCAGUGAAAGUGUAGUGUAAAGACAGCAGCACUGCACAGUUGAAAUGUUGUGAUUAUAAGGCAAAACCUAUAGUAUAAUCAAUAUUUAUACUUGUAUUUUUUUUUAUUCACUCUCCUUGCAAAAUUAAGUAGAUCCCAAACCAGAAAAAGGUAACAUUCUUCCAAGAUCUGUUGAAGAUAAUAAAAAAAAGUGAAGUACCAAGUGAAAUAUUCAUUAAAAUCAUUGUGAACAUAAA